UUGGCACAGCGACGACUAAGGUGUACGAGGAAAAUGGUACAAAUAGCGCAGCAACGGCAGGAAGGGCAUCAUUCAGCCACCAAGCGCUGCGGAGUAAGGACAACAGUCUGAAAUCAAAGUACAAAGAUUAACAAAAAUCGCAAAGACGCAUACAAGGCAAGCAAACAUGGCACUCGGCAGCAUCACCAGCAACAGCCAUCUCCAUCAUCAUCCCUACCAAAGACAACAGAUGCAGCACCGCACGCUCAGCGCUUACCAGCAGCCGCGUGCCAUCGCACCUGCGCCAAUCGGUUUACAGCCAGCGGUGAGCAAAACGCCAAGCGGCGAGAAGUUUUACGGCGGAACCAGGGGCACCACACUCGACUCCAACAAUCCGGCCGUGGUGCGACGCAACGCACGUGAACGUAACCGCGUCAAACAAGUAAACAACGGCUUCACGCAUUUGCGCCAACACUUACCGCCCGCAAUUGUUGCCGACUUGAGCAACGGCCGCCGUGGCAUUGGCCCGGGCGCACACAAGAAACUCUCCAAAGUGGACACGUUGCGCAUGGCUCUGGAAUAUAUACGCCGAUUGAAGCGCGUUAUUGACGAAGUUGAUGGGAAGCGUGUCAUGGCGCAAGCGCCAGUCGAACUCAGCAGCUGGCCAAAUAUGGCAACCAGCGCGACCAAUUCGCCACCACCAACGCCACCGAAGAAAGGCAUGCAUGCCAUGGUAUACGCUGAUAAAGUGCAACAACACUUCCAAACCCACAGCUAUGAAGACACUUUGCAGCAACAACAACAAUUCAUAAACCUCAAAUAUCAACAGCCACAAUUGCAACUGCAACAGCAAUAUUUCAAUCAGUAUACAGCACUGAUAUCACCAGCCGGGUCGGUUAGCUCCAGCGCCAGCACCAGUGACUGCAAUAACUCCGACGCUUCUACGCUUUACAGCCAGCACCACCAGCACGGCUCAUCGCAAACAGCUUUGGCGGCGAUGCAACAAUUUUCGUUGCCUAUGCAAAUGAAAUAUGAGCAGCAAUACAAUGAAGAGGCAAUGGGCUGCAGUUCAGGCGAUGAAGAGGAUCUGCUUGACUACAUCUCGCUUUGGCAGGACGAGGUCUGAAAGUCUGAAGCAAACAAGUAAAAUAGUAGGCUUCGAUUGCUAUCGAAAAGCUAGUCAGCUGCCACAGAGACACACUGAACGACGUAAUUAACCAAUGACUGUAACGAGUAUUACCUCACGCGGAACUUGUUAGUAUUAUUUUUUUUUGUAUAUGUAAAUUAUUUAUUAUGAUGCGCCAAUGUACAAAUUUGUGUUUAGAUAUCUAUUGUGCCUGUUUUUAGUUUUUAAAUUUUUGUUAAGCAUAGUUUAAUAUUUAGUUUAGUGAAUGGAAGACAAUGAUUUGAAAUAAUUAGCUGUAAGUUGCAAACCCAUGGAAGACAUUAAAU